AAGCCGUUCCUCAUAAGGCAUCGUUUCCAGGCCUUUGACCAUUUUGGUUGCCCUCUUCUGGACACGUUCCAGCUUAUCAGUAUCCUUCUUGAACUGUGGUGCCCAGAACUGGACACAAUACUCCAGGGUUUGUAUUUAGUGAAUCGGAAUCAACUGCAUUAGAACAAUUUGAAGGAGGCCCUUGCGCUGUGAUUGCACCCAUUCAGGUAAUACUAUAUAGAAGCUUGUGAAAACUAUGUAAAUUUGAAACAUACCUAUUUUCGCCUUCUGUCCUUCGGCUUAUGUGAAAACCUAAAGUAAACGCAAUGACAAAUAUAGGUUGGGUUUACUUUAGGUGAUUAUUCUCUGUUGAAGUAGUACAGAUUGAACACUACCAGUGCUGUUUUGAGCCACUGUUGUCUGCAGCAUUGAUAUAAUACAUAAAAUCAACAUGGCUACUUAAAUGAGUUGCAGAUAUAGAUCUGAGAACUAACCUGUUCCAUGAGUUCCUGUAGCACUUACCUCUUGAUAAAGUUCAUUUUAUGUUUUAGGUAGGGGCAGAUAUCUAGUCCUCUAAAUUGGCCAUCAAAUGCUUCAAACAUUUGUAAGACUUGGAGAAAAUGAUAUAAUUGCAUGAGAAAAUGUAUCAUGCUGUUAUAGUUAAGCAAUUUCUAAUCCCGUAGCUAUGUAAAUAAUUUAGUAAUAGUGAGCAAAAAAGUACAGUAAUUUGUAUCUUUGCAUAGGGAAAAAGGCCUUCUGUAACUAGGAAUGUAUUUUAUUUCUUUUAAAAGAAGUUAAACUGAUAUUGAAAAUGGAACACUUUGCACCACUGAAGAACAAAUCAUACUUAUCUGAUAUGUCAAUGUUAUCUUUAAUAUAAGGCAUUCCUUCUGAAGAAGCUUUUUGCUUGUGAGAAAUCUACCUGGAGACAAUGUCAAGGUAACCAUAAACCUACCUCCACAAGAGGGUUUUGAUAUAGUGCUUCUCAGCAAAUUACACAGUGCUAAGCUAAAUUAUAGUUCACUAUUAUUCAUGAGCUAUUAGCAAUAUACUUCUGCAGUAAUUUGAUGUUACAAUUAGUGUACAAAUGCAUUAUUUGCUGAUGAUUUUGAAAUAGAGGAAAUAGAAUUCAGCAUUACAAAAAUUUAAGUGGGGCUCAAGAAAGUCCAAAUCCUGCAAAUGGAAUUGUCAUGCAGAUUAGGCAAGUGGCAGAAAUGUCACUGUAUAUUCUUUAUUCUUACUACACAGUUUGUCUUACUGUUUCUGCUGAACUUGUUUCUUUUAUCUUAAGACUGGAGAAGGUGGACUUAUCCUCAUUGAUCAUUGUAUUCAGUUGGGAUAAGUGGAGGUACUUGGAACUCUGAUGAAUAAAGAACCUUUGCCCAUGACCCUUGAUUUUCUAAGGCUUAGUAGAAAUUAAUUGUGUGUAUGUAUAGUUUCCCCCCUAGAAAAAACAGUGAACUGGAAUCUGCCGAAGUUGUCAAAUUAUAAAUGCAAAGAAGAACUGGUUCUUAAGGUUGAACUCAUUUGUAUUGUGAUUAUAACAUGAAUUGUAAACAGAUCUUUUCUGCUCUGCACCAUGCCUUCCUUGUUCCAUUUUCUUACUGUUAUCCUCCUGUCCCUGCUGUCAAAACACUGUCAAAAAUUUGUGUUUGUUCUGACUUUGAAUAUUUCAGAGGAAGAGCAGAAGAAUCUCCUCUGUCAUACCUUAAGUGAUAUUUUGGAACUGGCUUGCUCUGAUAAUUCAGACUCAUACUGUUUGGUAACGUGGCGAAGAGGAAGGACUGCUGAAGAAACUGCUAGUAUUUCUGAGAGUUCUGCUGAGUCAAGCCACCAAGAGGAGCAGCCUUCUGCCUUGGCUGUCGAAGAGCUUGGCUUUGAGCGAUUUCAUUCAUUAAUUCACAAGCAAUCAUUCACAAGCUUUCCUGAUUUUAAAGAAGCCGUUUGGAAUCAGUAUUCAGCCUGGACAAACAAAUUUGGAGUGUUGCUUUUUCUGUAUUCUGUGAUACUGACAAAGGGCAUCGAAAACAUAAAAAAUGAAAUUGAAGAUUCAACUGAGCCAUUAAUAGAUCCAGUGUAUGGUCACGGAAGCCAAAGCUUAAUUAACCUCCUGUUGACGGGGCAUGCAGUAUCUAACGUCUGGGAUGGAGACAGGGAAUGCUCAGGAAUGAAACUACUUGGAAUACAUAAACAAGCAACUGUUGGUUUUUUGACACUUAUGGAAUCUCUAAGAUACUGUAAGGUUGGCUCCUAUUUGAAGUCCCCAAAGUUCCCUAUUUGGAUACUUGGCAGUGAAACUCAUCUCACAGUCUUUUUUGCCAAGGAUUUAGCUCUUGUUGCUCCUGAAGCUCCCUCAGAACAAGCCAGACGAGUCUUUCAAACAUAUGACCCUGAAGAUAAUGGUUUUAUACCAGACAGCCUUCUAGAAGAUGUAAUGAAGGCUUUGGACCUUGUAUCAGAUCCUGAAUAUGUAAAUCUCAUGAAAACAAAAUUAGAUCCAGAAGGACUAGGAAUCAUAUUACUAGGUCCCUUUCUUCAAGAAUUUUUCCCUGAACAGGAGUCCAAGGUUCAAGAAUCAUUCACUGUAUACCACUACAAUGGAUUGAAGCAAUCUAAUUUCAAUGAAAAGGUCAUGUACGUCGAAGGUACAGCAGUGAUUAUGGGCUUUGAAGACCCAAUGCUACAAACUGAUGAUACUCCAGUCAAGCGCUGUUUGCAGACUAAAUGGCCAUACAUAGAACUACUCUGGACCACAGAUCGAUCCCCUUCGUUAAAUUGAUGCUGAGAAAAGACCAUGUACUUAUAAAUAUCCAACAUUUUGAAUGAAGGUUGGGUAGGCAGCUGCCUUUAUUUAAAAAACAAACAAACAAGCAAACUAUACUUUUGACUGCGUGGCUAUACACUGGUGUCACCAGGAAACUGUAAAUAAACACUUUUCAGUGUUGAUUAGACUAUUUAAUUUUUUUAACAAUUGGAUUGAUUUGUUUUAUACCAACUAGUUCCUCUUUGGCCAUUGUAGUACAGUUAUUGUGAGUUCUCACCCAGAAGCCUCCUUGUUCAGCCCCAAAACAACCUGGGAAAUGGUCUAGUAGUGCAGUAUCUGCAUAUUAGAUGAAAUUGGUCUUGAACAUCAUCAUAGUAUUCACCUACUUACACCUUUGUUUGACCAUGUGUUUUAUUUGGAUCAUUCUGCCUUAGGGCACAACCCAUUGGGAAAUUCCUAUACAUGUACCCCACUAAAAAGGAUGUGCAAGAGCAUGGUAGCGUUUACCCAGUUCUCAGGGCUUAUUCAAGGCAGCUGUUGGGUGGGUUUUGGCAUGCACUGCAGUAUCGCAGCUUUGGGACUAGAUUGGCAUUUGCACUGAAUAUGUUUAGAUGAGUUAAGUUUCUGCUGCUCUCUUCUAGAAAUCUUAAGACUCAUCUACAUGGCUUUGCACAAACGGCAAAAAAAUGAUGUGGGGUAUUUUUUUGUUUUUAAAAUGGCUAAUUAUAAAUGAUUAAUGCUAUUUAUUGGCAGUUGUAUUGUUCCCAGAAUUUACAUAUUUGGCAUACUGAAGGUCAAAGCAAGAUUUAAGAAGAAAAUAAUAAUAAUAAUAAUAAUAAUAAUAAUAAUAAUAAUAAUAAUAAUAAUUGAUAUUGUAUAAAGGAAAUAUAAAAAGCCUUAACAGCAGAGAGAAUUUGUGCUGCGAUUUUUGAAGCUGUUCAUGUUAUUAUUGCCAAAUACCUCUUCUCAACAUGUCCUAACAAAAAACAUAAGCCAGCACUAUUGUAUGUGUUACAUGCAUGAAAACAUCUGUUAUUCAAGUAGUAUAGUCCAUUAUUUAUUAUCUAGCAGGGCUUAAUAAAAAUCUACCCAAAUAGUGAACUAGUGAUUUUGCCUCCUUGCCUAUCCAAUUUGGUCACUUUUAUUUGUUAUUUUUUAAUAUCAUAAAGUAACUAUAUGGCUAUUGAGUAAUGGUAUAUUAUACUUAAAUCAUACUUAA